AUGGCUCAGCGCGCCGCCUCCCGGCGGACGACGGAGGACUGGCAGGAUGCCUUCUACGGCCUGGAGGAGCGGCACCGCCAGCUGCAGCGGCGGUUCAACGAACAGGAGCAGGAGCUGAAGCUGCUCAAAGUGUCGCAGCGGCGGGAUGCGGCCGCGCCGGCGUUCGCCAGGGGCGGCACCCCACGCACGACGCCGCUUGCGAGUGGGCGAGCCUCCCACGUGCGGGCGGCGCCGUCGGCGUCGGUGAGGGCGAAGCAGCGGGCCUCGCUCGCAGGCACAGAGGGCGGCGGGGACGGAGGACUGGCGCGUGGGGCGGCACACGACGGCCCGCCCGAGCGGAAUGUCGGCCUCCUCGCCGUUCCCGCAGCGGCGCGGCGGGCGGACGCGGGCGCAGCGGCCGCGGAGUUGACGAGCGCCUGGUCGGCUGCCCCCCCGCCGGACCCGUCGAUGGUGUGGGGGAUGGAGAACAGCAUCCAAAACUACGUCACCGCCAACGCCCUCUACCACGCGAACGAGGAGCUGCGCCAGCGCCUUGACGACGCCGUCGGUUUCGUGAAGACGCUGCAGCACGAGUUGGCCUCCAGCCGCAGCCUGGCGAAGACAACGCAGCAGCGGCUGGAGGAGGCGACGCAGCAAAUGCACCAACUCGUGCGGGAGCGGGACUUGGCUGGACAGAAGCUUUCCGUCUCACAGCAGGCCGUCGUGGAACUCGAGCGAAGCCUGAAGAAUCACGCCACGGAGGAGGAGCGGAUUCGCUUUUCGCUGGAGUCGCAGAUCACCGAGUUGCGCAGCCGCCUCGUCGUGGGGGCUGACAGCAACGAGCUGCUCACGCGCGACGUUCGUACCCUGCUGACGGAGGUCAAGGAGAAGGCGUCGGAGGCACAGAGCCUGCGGUCGAAACUCACCCUCGCAGAGGCGGCGCUGUCGUCGCAGAAGCAAAACAAUGAGAAUCUUCUUGUGGAGCUGCGCAGCCUCAACACGCAGUUGAUUAACGAGCGCAAGCGGCUGCUGUCCAUGACCCGCGAGGCGCAGCUGGCGAGUUUGCGUGCCGAAGACGCGAAGGAUGUCGAGGCGCGACUUGCGGAGGCCGUAGAGAGCCGUGGGGCGCUCGAGCGUGAGCAUGUGCGGCUAAUGGAGAGUUUGGUUGACGUCACGGAGAGCGCCUUGCGGCAGGCGCGGGAGGAGGUGCGGCAGGACAUCGCCGACUGGCGCGCUUCCGCCGCACACUGGGAGGAGGUGUCGCAGCUGCUCUACAAGGAUAUCGCGCAGCGCACGCAGGCGCAUCUUCAGUGCCGCGAGGAGUGCGAGGAGGCGAAGCGGGACCGCGACGACGCGUCCAUGGCGCUGCGGGAGGCCUGGGAGGAGCUGAAGCUGUGCCGUGCGAAGCUGGACAUUGUGUGGCCCACGCACCGAGACGACACACGUGAUUUGACGCCGGCGGAGAUGCUUUCCACGUUUGGAAACUACAGGGCCGUCUUUCGACAGAGGCGAGACACGACGACCCGCCGCGGUGGCGCCGCCGCGACGCCGGAAACGAAUGACGGGGACGAAGGCGCAAUCACCGUGGAGUUGUGCGAAGCGCCGGUGGAGGAGCAGCUCCGCGAGCUGCACGAGGCGAAUGGGGCGCUGCUGGCGGAGCUGGAGCAGCUGCGCAUCACGAAUGAGUUGCAGGCGGAGCGGCUGCGAAAAAUGGAGACGCGUGUGCGGCAGGAGCGGGAGGAGGUGCAGGUUUCCGCGGAGGCGUUGGGGCAGCGGGAGGAGGCGACGCAGCGGUUUCUGCAGACGCAGCUUGACCACGUGGCGUUCCUCGAGGCGCAGGUGCGCUCGCUGCGCGGCUUCGACGUGGCCCCGAACAUCUCACUGCGCGAGCUCAGCCCGGGGGAGACGGUGUUUGAGCUCUUUCUUGGGCAGCUUCUCUCCACCGAGACGCCGGCGGGGGUGGGCCUGCGUGACACCUUCCCGCCGGUCUUCUGCUCAGUGGACUUCCUGCUACACGAAACCAUCACGACCCCCAUUGUGACGGGGCUCAACGGCUUUCUUGACACGACGAUCGCCUUCUGCGUCGCGAUGGAUGCGCUGCUGCAGUGCUACCUGCAGUCGCGCGAGCUGCUCGUGCAGCUGCACCGUGUGCGCCCGCAGGACGAGAUUAACGAGAUUGCGUCCACGCAAAGCGACAAAUGCGACGCGCUUUUUGCGGAGCGCCUCUACGCGACGCUGGCGGAGGGCUCCGUCAGUUUGUGGCCGCUUGUCUCGGACGAGAAGUGUCGCGACGCCCGGCGUCCCACGCUCCGCGGGCAUAUUCCUCUGCGCACCCCCGACGGCCACCACAUCGCCUCGGUGGAGUUCACUGUGACGGUGCGGACCCCGUUUAGCGACGCCUUCCGCGCGUUGGCCGCCGAGGCGAGUAAAGGGCGGCACCUGCAGCACCCGCAGCCGCCUUCGGCUGCGGCAACGCCUGCGGAGACGAACACGUCACGCGGCGAGGGGCGGAUGCAGUUGGUGCCGACGAGGCCUCACACGGAGACCUUUGGCUCGGUCUCCACGACCUCCUCCUCCUCAACGUCGCUGCUGGAGUCGAGGUCGCACGACCGGACAGUCGGCUUUACGCUUGUUCCGCGUGCCGCCGCGAUGGCCAGCGUCUCUUCUUCCUCUGCGUCGCCGACCCCCAUCCGCUCGCUGCUGGUGGAUGUGUGCAGGCUGCAUUUGCCGCCCAGUCUGGCUCCCGUCCCGCGUCUCUCGUGCUACUACGCGCUGACUCCGCUUGGGCGCGACGUGUACCUUCCCGCCCCACCAACCCCGCGGUACGAAUGCGAGUACCUGCAGGACGGCGGCAGUCACGGAACACGCUUCCCGAUCGCCUCUGUGGGGGAGUUACUGGCGGUGACGCGUGAGCCCUUCAUGCUGUUUUUCUUCGACGAGUCCUCCCCGGCGGUGCGCAGCAGUGAACGACGGGGCGACGGCCCGUACUGGGCGAUGGCCAUGGCCGAGUGGCGACUGGCGCUUGAGCGGCCAGAGGAGUAUGUCUCACUGGAGUUGCCGCUGAUGGAUCAGAAGGGGUGCCCUGUUCAGGGAGCCUUUGUGCAGGUGCGGUUACUUGCCACAAGCAACGCGCAGGACGCCGAGACAGGUUUAGCGGCGGCCCUUGAAAGAGCCCGUGCUGCCACGGCAAGCUUGCGAGAGCAGCCGCAGCAAUAUAGACACCCCAGCGCCGUGGCGACCGUUCUCCGGGAAGCUAGGGACUCAACUUCCAGAAGCAGCGCCGCCGCCACCGCCGCCGCUGCUGCGGCUGCAGUUUCGGGGAAUGCAGCCCCUCAGAACACGCCAGGCGGUAGACGCACGUAUGACGACGCCUUGGAUUCCGUUGACCUGGAGAUGAUCCGGCGGCAGCUGGACGGCUAG